AAGGGGACUUGCUUCGGGACCACCACAUACCGAACUGACUACAAGCACUACCCAUACGUCAUGCCAGACAUCAGAGAGAAAGUUCUGAUCCAGAAAAAACAUCAGGGUGUACCUAUUACAGUAUUAUUCCCUCAUCACAACAUUCCACGCUCCUGGUACUAUGUUACGCACUACGAUGAACAUAUUAAUCGACGUCCAAACCCAUGUUUGCCUCCACUUCGUAAAUGGAAUGCAAGGCUGCCAGGUUGGGUCCCAGAACGUAUAGACGUUCCACUAAUAGCUCCUCCCACAAAUUUUGGCCUUUUGGAGGAGAAGUUAGCUAGAUUGAAGAGAAAAGAAGAGAACCAGCCAGCAUUGUAUGACACUAUCUACACUCUCUCCUAUGGUCCCAAAUCCCUUAUUCCACGACAGCCCAUAAGUAGCUACCACCAUCCCGCCUCAAAAAAAUGACAAUCAUUGCUUCAGAAUUUCUUAACUGGACUUAACUUGAUGGCAAAAAUGGGAGCAUGGCAAUCUGUCCAGCUACGUGCGUUCAUUUUCCUGGGACAUGUUAGGAACACUGUGUCAGGUACAUCUGAUCAUGACUGAAUGAACUUUGGAGGAGUUAUUAACAGAAUUAAUCUUAAACAAGAAACUCUCAGUAAUAAAACGGUUGAUUUAU